AUGGAAUGUAAGCCUGAUAAUUGUCCAGAUGAUGAAACACUCGAUUUAGAAAGUGAUGGCUAUCAGUACAUUCAUGGUGAAUAUCCAUUAAUUUCUACCUUAUAUCGAGAAUGGUGGUUCUUUGCUUUAUAUGAUCUAUUAGUAGAUAUUGGGUUUUGUAUAGGGUAUGGUGUUUCAGAUCCAUCAAAAGCUUUUGCAAAUAAUACUGGUCAAGAUCCGAUAAAUAUUCUAGAUUCAUAUGGUUUUGAACAAUUUUUGGCAUAUAAAGAAAAUGCAACUGUCUCCAUUGGUAACGGAAAUAUCAUUAAGGUCUUAGAUCAAGAAACGUAUCAAGUUGUCGGUAGAAGUAGGAAUGGCCAAUUACGCUGGCAAUUAAUCUUUCAACAAAAGUCUUAUGCUUGCAGACAAAAAGAAGAAAUACCACAAUUAUUAGAACUAGAUUGGAUAUCUUAUAUGCCAAGUGCUCGUGUUUCUGGAUCAAUCCAAUAUAAUAAUCAAAGUUUUUCAAUUGAUACUACUGCUUAUCACGAUCAUAAUUAUGGAGCUUGGGCAACAAACCUGUUUAAUUGGAUUUGGGCACAAUUUCAUCGUAUAGAUGAAGAAUUUUCAUUAGUUUUCGGUAGUUAUCAUGUACCUACGACUGAAGGUACUUAUAUUGGAUACGUAUUUAUUCGUUGGAGAGGUCAACGAAUUAAAAUUGGAACAUUGUGUGGAGAUCAAUUCCAUUUGAAACCAUUAGAGUGGCAAAUUGUUGAUGGUAGAAAGUAUUCUAUUCAUACCAAGGUUGAAGCAUUUAGUCAGCGAUACAAAGUCAAUAUCGAAUACAAAGCAAGAGUGAGUAAUGAUAAUCCAGGCGGUCGUGGUUUAGGAUUAAAAGUUUUUGAAUAA